AUGGGCAAGGGCGGCGAGCUUCGCGACCGCAUCGCCACGGUCGGCAACACCCAAAAAAUCACGGAGGCCAUGCGCCUCGUCGCUGCCGCCAAGGUGCGCCGCGCCCAGGAGGCCGUCCUCCAGACCCGGCCCUUCUCCGAGACGCUCCAGUCCGUGUUCUCCGGUCUUAUUGAGCAGCGCGAGCCGCUCGACCUCCCCCUCCUCGAGAACCGCGAGGUGAAGAAGGUGACGCUGCUCGCCAUCUCCGGCGACCGCGGCCUCUGCGGCUCGUACAACACGUACAUCAUCAAGAAGACGGAGGCGCGCAAGAAGGAGCUCGAGGCCCAGGGCAUCGAGGUCGAGAUCGUGCCCGUGGGCACCAAGGUCGAGGGCUACUUCCGCCGCCGCGGCGAGGAGUUCCCGGCGUCCUACUCGUGCCCCCAGGUGCCGUCCGCCGACUUCGCGUCGGAGGUCUCCCGCGAGAUGCUCAACAACUUCCUCGACGGCGAGACGGACAAGGUCGAGCUCAUCUACACGAAGUUCGUGUCCCUCAUCGCGUCCAGCCCCUCCAUCCGCACGAUCCUCCCCCUCUCCGCCACGGGCAUCGAGACGGAGGGCGACGAGAUCUUCGAGAUGUCGACCAAGGACGGCGACUUCGAGGUCGAGACGACGACGCUCGGCGCCGCCGAGCCCAAGGAGUUCCCCAAGGACACGAUCUUCGAGCAGGACCCCGUGGCCAUCCUCAACGGCAUCCUCCCGCUCUACCUCGACGGCCAGAUCCUCCGCUCGCUCCAGGAGUCCGUCGCGUCCGAGCUCGCGAGCCGCAUGCAGUCCAUGCAGUCGGCGUCCGACAACGCCAAGGACCUCAAGAAGUCCCUCUCCCAGACGUACAACCGCAUCCGCCAGGCCGGCGUCACGCAGGAGAUCCUCGAGAUCGUCGCCGGCGCGACCGCGGCCCAGGGCUAAGCCGGCCGCCGGCCGGGCUCCUCCGGCGGCGGUUCGUCGCGCCCCCUUAUUGGGGCUGCGCGCCGCCGCCGGCGAGGCCCGACCACCACGCUGUGACCCAUACCCUCGUCGCCUCCCCCCCAGAUCGCGCGUCGGGGCCUCGUGCACCGACCGCCGCGCGCGCAUCUAACAACCAUCCCCCCCU